AAAAAUUUCAUUGACUUUUUUUCGUACUGCUAGUUGUUACGAUUGCCAAGUUGAGAAUGAAGUGCUUUAAUUUCCCGGUUUUUGUGUUGAUAUUACUCCCCACUGUUAUCGGACAAUUGGGCACUGGGGGAUCAGGGACUUUCAAUUAUGAUGCCUCAUCAGCCUGUAGCAGACCUUAUUCGCGUAAUGGUAGAGAGCACUAUGAAAAACUUCCAUGCGACUUUCGCCGACAGAAUUGGUGCACAAUUGCUGGCAGCAAUUACCCAUGGCACGCGGUUAGACGAUUUGUCUACGAGAAUCAGGGAUUAAUGCGGCGGAUGUAUGGAGAUGAGAAACAUAUUAAUGUUCUUAAGGAUGAACUUGAAAAAAAUGACAUUCAAUUGGAAUAUGAAGAGAAUUAUCAUCACAGAUACUUUGAUGACUUCCAGCGUUCUAUCCAUGACAAUCAAUAUGACUUGGGAAGAUAUGAAAAGGAGAAAACUAGGGAAUAUCGAGGUCGCGCUUUUACAAAUGAAUCACCCAAACAGCCGGCAUUCACAAAACUCUACUUCCGUCCAACAGAAACGACAACUGCCAGCAGUAGUACGACAUCUCAAACAGAAUCACCCGAUGAAUUUUCGACAGCAUCAGAAUCAAUAGAAGAAGCCACAAUAAAACCAUUAAAAAAAUUACCCAGCGAUCAGAAUGAAACUGAAGAUAAAUCCGAUGGAGGAAACUCUACAUCAGGGGGAACAUUGUCUGAAAUAGCUCAUGUAAAAAAUGCCACUUUCAACGAAAUUCCUGAAACAUUGAAAACGCCUAAGGAAAAUGUUUCAGGCAGCGCACCAGCAGACUGGCCCAGUAAAUCAACAGAAACAGUUUAUGUUGAAGCGACUUUAGAAUUAAAUGGAACAGCACGGCUGCCCGGAGUUUCCUCGGCCGAUGGGAUUGAUCAAUUCACCACAGAAAAGGAUAAGGAAAAUUCAUCUUCAGAUGGUAGUCAACAAGAAUUUAGACCGCGUCCUGAGUAUCGACCGCCUGAACCUCAGGCGGGCACCGGGUCCAGUGUCGAGGGGCAACUUUUUCAAGAUUUUGUUGUUAAAGAUCAACAGGAACAACCGGUGCUUAAACUCCGUGGGGUGAAUGCUUGUCCAGUUAAAGAUGAAGUUGUCGCUCCAUUCUGGGCGAAUAAUACAAAAGGGGAAAUUCUCGCUUUACUCAAUCUUUAUCCUUUCGAACAGUUUCUUCACUGGGAAAAAUGCACACAUGAAAAUAAGCAAAUGUACUGUCGCGAAGGGUGCAAAUGCGAGCAGCAAUACCGCCUGUACCGGCUUCUUGCUUAUGAUCCAAAUAACGAGUGUCGUGGUAUAUUCAGCGAUUGGUUCAAAUUUCCAAGCUGUUGCGUAUGUCGAUGUUACGAUCUCCCAAUAGAAUUUCGGGUGACAUCGAGAUCACCACGUACCCAUAAGCAAAUACUCAAAUUAAAUCCACCUGGCAAUUAAUUUUUCAUUCCCUUCUAAAAUUAAGAGAAUCCGAACACUCAAGGCUAGUGAAUUGAAGAAAAAAUGCUAAUAAUGUUAUAUUGAUAUGCCAUUAAUAAUUUAUUCAAUUAUAUCACCUAAAGUAACAUUAUAUAUACAUACAAAUAUACAUUAAAAUCACUUGAAUGUUGUCAAACUUUCUCACUUGGAUGUAUUGAAAGUUCAUCUUUUGCGUUAUUCUAAUUAUUAAAACGGAUGAAUUUAUCAGAAUUAGUUUUUAUAUUAGAACAAGCUGCCAUACUCAUUGUCAGUACCGAUGAAUUCCAUGCGAUUAAUCGUUUAUUUAUUUAUUUACUUGCGGAUUUAAUUGUAUUUUUAAUGAUAUUUUUUUUCUCUCUUUGUUUUCGAUAUUUUAUGAGAAUCCAUUAUACUGAUUGAAUUCCGAUUGUUGAUAAUGUUUUGUUUUAUUAUUUUUGUUAUUUUAUUUGUCCUGGAAGGUGAACAUGAAAAAAUUGUCCGAACUGGAUUGCCCAUGGGGCAAGGGUUCAUUGAUGUUACAGAUAUUUUAUAUACAUAUAUAAACAUUGAAUAUGUAUGCACAAUUAUUAUUUAUUUAAGAUGAUAAUCUACGCACGAGAAAGCCUUUUAUUGUGUAUAUGUGUUGGAGUAUCAUUGAUGAGUAGUGAGUUAAAAUAUUUGGUAUCAGAAACCAUUGCAGGAGGAAAUAUCGAAGAACGGGUGAGUAAAUUCACUCAAUCGUCGUAUCUGGUAUUAAAUCCUUGCGACAAUUUUAGGACGACAUAUUGGGAUGAAAAAGGCAAAUGAUUUAAAAAAUUGACAGGCAGUUAUUGCUUUCGUAAAUCAUACCAAUGAUGUGUAGGAAAUACAUGUGAAACAUUUCACCGCGGAAAUUUUAUUUGCUGAUUGUAAACAUUGAAUAUUUUCAUAAAAAAUAUAGAGUAAUAUCGGAACAAUUAGUCAAUUAUUAUAUGAUGAAUUGCGGAAAAUUGUUCAUUAUCAUUGUAGUGUAGCAUUAGAAAAUAUUCAUUUUCCGUUUCGUCUUGUAAAAUUGACGACUGAAAAUACUCGAGUUAUAAAUUUCAAUUGUCAUUUUAUAAUGAUCACAACGGUUUAUUUUGAGUGAGCAUUAAUAGAGCAUUUAUAAUACUGCGAAAAUCCAUUAAUUCUUACCAAUAUAAUAAUAACUCCACAACGGCGAAAAAAAAAAAGAUAUUCUCGACAAGUUCAUGUGCCUUUGCUCUUGAAAUUUUAUCCUUUACCUUUAUUCCACUCGCAGCGCAAAAAUAAUAAUUAUCCUAUUGACGCCUGUUUAUUUACUGUCGUUCACACAAUUACAGUUGAUAAUAAAUAUGUUUAUAUAGUGAAUAUUCAUAAAAUUCUUAUUGCUCAAGGGAAUUAAAAUAACAAAGACGGUUGGUGUGAGUUUAACAUCUCAAGAAUUCUCGAAUUCUCGAUUUUGACUCCACAAUUACAUUUCAAGAGCGCACAAAUUUAUUUUUAAAUUAUCGAGCGAUCGAUUCCCAGUGGGAAUAAUUAAUGGCGCAAGCAACUCUUCUCGUCACCCUGUGGCUAACGAAUAAUCAACAACUGUAGAUUUUUUUUUAUUUCAAAUUCAAGUCGCUCUGAACACCACUAGAAUUGAACAUUUUCGUAAUCCCUUCUUACACAUCUCACCGAAUCACAAUAAUUAAUAUGAUAUUGUUUCAAUUGAUAUAUUUCAAAAGGAUGUCGGUAAAUUUAUAGAAAAAUUUAUUACUAGAUAACUAAUUGGUCGUGAUUGAUUACAACAAUGGGAAGAGUCUCACGAUAUGUUGAAGCAGUAUUUAUGUAUCACAGUGAUGACUGAUAAUAACAUCGAAAUCGCAUUUUUAUUUAAUUAUUAUUCAUGUUUUUUAUGGCGCUGAAAAAGUUGUAUUCUUUCUACACGUUUGAAUGAUCUAUUGAUUUUACUGAGAGGAGUGCUCUGACAAUUAUCAAAUUAUGGAAUAAAAAAAUGAAAUAAAAAAAUCUUUAAAAACA